AUGACCAUCGGUUUUCCCUCAGUGCUAAACCGCAGGUACGCCUUCCUUGUAGUCACAAUCGCGGCAGCCAUCUGGCUAUGGACCUUCUUCGAAAGACCGUACAUCUUCCCGGCACGUGAAGCAUGGACCAUACACUCUAAUUCAUACCCGGUUUCCACCUCUCCCUCCACAGAUAUCUUCGACUUCGCACCGGUCGACUCAGAAGCCAUAAAAAGCGUCUGCUUCGAUACAACCUGGAACUCCAGCAUUGUAUUCACGUGCGAGAACUCCGUUGGUGGCAUAGGAAACAUCCGCAAUUCGAUACUGAAUUGUGUUCGCUACUCCAUUUCAGCGGGCGGUGCUUUGGUGCUCCCAAAGAUUAUAUAUCGGAAUAAUGAGAAUAUAUCCGAGAUCCGGACGGGCUCACGCACGGGAAUGGAUUAUAUGUUUGAUUCGCGACAUUUCGUUGAUUCGUUGAGGAUUUCGUGUCCGAGUUUCAAGAUAUAUGAGAGUGUGGAAUCCAUACCGCAUUAUCAACAAAAGACGAAUGGAAGUAUCCCAUUACUUCCUGAAAGCUUGGUAGCUUACGUCCCAAAAACGGGCUUGAUGAACCCAGAAGAAUGGCGAGGAAAGUUUUACACAUGGCUUCAGAAAUACUCUGUCCCUGACACCGAAGAACCGUAUAUCGUUGAUCUGGACCGUUCAUACCUCCAAUACCCCAUUUACAGCGAUGGGGAAGGCUUCGCACUCACCUUUGGACACAUUCUGAAAUUCCGCUCUGACGUUCGGGUUCUCGCUACGACAGUCUUAAAGAACAUGGUCUCGCAAUAUUCCCUUCCCAUUGACGACCUCUCAGCGCCUAUCUACAAGAACGCAUUUUUUGGCGCGCAUCUGAGGACGGAGAGGGAUGCUGUAGAAGCGUGGCCAGCAGUGGAUUGGAUAUACUCACGCUACGAAACGCAAGCAAAGGCGUAUCUCAAACAAGCCUCCCAAACCAACGCGACGAAACUAAUCUACGUCGCCUCCGGGAACCUAACCGAAGUCUCAAGAUUCGCAGAGGAAGCACAAGCGCUGGACCUCACCGUCACAACCAAAGCCGACCUUCUGCAGAGCCGGGAUUUGGAAGUGUUGGAGACAUUGGUAUGGGAUCAACAAGCCCUCGUAGAUUUCCUGGUUAUGUUGAAGUCCUCGGAUUUCGCGGGGAUAGGCCACUCGAGUUUUGCGUGGAAUAUUGCGUUGAAGAGACAUAUAUAUGCGCAUGAAAAGAAGCAUUUGCAGGGGCCUCAGAUGUUAAAUGAUGAGUAUAGUCAGAUUUAUGGGCUCCCGAGGGGGUAUCCCGAGUAUGCUGCUUGCUUGUGGCCUUGA